UGACAAAUAUAUAUUCUUGGUUCUUGACUUUCGUGCGAUACUAACUCCAACGUUUCUCCUUUCUCUGUCUAGAAUUCUUGGCGUGAUUCUCGGUGUUCUUCCCAAUCCUAGAUUAUCACUUGUCUUCAUUUUUUUUCUUUUGAAAUUUCAGGUUACAAAGCUAAGAAAAGCCUAAUUUUAUCCUACAUUCUUUUGCUGGUACAAAAUGUUUGAUCAUAAGAAAUCUCCCUUACAUAGGUUUUCUAAACACAAGUCAGAGGACCAAGUCCCCAGUAAUUUCAGUACUAACCCUUUUGAUGAUGAUUCUUUGGAUAACAAGCAAACCCUUGAACCCUCUAGGCGAACAUCUUCGGAUCCUUCUCUAGUUACCCUAAAUUCACGUACUAAGCUUUUUGAUGAUGAUGAGAUUAAGGAAACCACAUCAUCCAAAAGCUCCACUACUUCAGCAGAAAGAAACGGGUACAGGAACGAUUUUCACGAUUCCGGAGGAUUUGAUGCCCAGAGUGUACAAGAACUGGAAAAUUAUUCUGUAUAUAAGGCUGAAGAGACUACAAAGACUGUCGACAAUUGUCUCAAGAUUGCAGAGGACAUAAGGGAAGAUGCUACUAAAACCUUAGUUACCUUACAUCAGCAAGGAGAGCAAAUUACAAGAACCCACAUGGUUGCUGCUGACAUGGACCAUGACCUUAGUAGGGGCGAGAAACUGAUGGGAAGUCUUGGGGGCAUGUUCUCGAAGACAUGGAAGCCUAAAAAGGGUCCUCCAAUAAAAGGGCCUGUAAUCGCUCGAGAUGAUCCAGUGCAUAGAAAGGGUAACCACUUGGAGCAAAGGGAAAGACUGGGAUUGACUUCUUCCUCAAAGGAACGACCAUCACGAACACCACCUCCUGAACCUACAAAUGCACUGCAGAAAGUUGAGGUCGAAAAGGUAAAACAAGAUGACAACCUCUCAGAUCUAAGCAAUGUUUUAGGAGAGCUUAAGGAUAUGGCUAUUGACAUGGGUUCUGAAAUUGAGAGGCAGAACAAAGCAUUGGAUCCUUUACAGGAUGAUGUGGAUCACGUGGCAAUCCGAGUGAAAGAUGUCACUAGGCGUGGGCGUCGUCUGCUUGGAAAAUAGAUAAUCCAGGCUGUAUAAAUCUGCGGUUUGAUAUUGGUUUGAUGAGACGCUAUUCUCCGCUGUGAUUUUCUUCGUGCGUAUAACUUUCUUAUAUUCGCUAUGUACAUAAUCCUUACAUCGAUACGUAGAAGUAUAACCUGAUACUAUAAUUUUCGGAUUAUACUGGAUUUACAUGGCUAGUAUUGAUUGAUUGGUAAAUGCUAAUACUUGUUCGAAUGAUUUCUUCUGUGUAUGAAAGUGGAUUUCUUCA